AUGCAGAAGAAAGUUGCGCCAUAUCCAGGGAAAAUCUCUGUGGUGUUCCGCAAGGGGCCACUUGGAUACCUUCUCCAGGACCCGUCAAAAGAAGCUCAACGGAUUAAAAAUGACCCCAAGCUUCAGGACAUGUCUGCACCUGUGAGGGAGGACGAUGCUCUGACUGUCAUCUAUUAGAGAGGAGGGGAUGCCUCUGACAUGAAAGAAGUGCAGGGAGAGUACAUCCUGCAGUUUGGAAAAUUUAAAGGGAAAUCUUUCCGGUGUCUUCUGGAGAAUGAUGUCGGGUACACCAUGAACCUGAUCAAAGAUCUCCAGAAGCAAGAGGCUGCAGGGACCUCUGUGGAAGAUGGGCAUGGCAAGGAGAGCUUGUAUUAAUUUGUACAGUAUGCCCUCAGCUUUACAGAGAUAAAGACUCUUCUGAACUACGAGACCAGCAGAGUGAGUGUUGCAGCAGAAGCCUCUGAGGAUGAUCAGCUGGUUGGCAGUCAAGGAACAUGGAUGCAUAAGCUCCAGCAGUACCUGCGGAAGAAGCAGCAGUCUGCGCCUGCUACUACAGACGCCACAACUAAACAACCCCUUGGUAAGUUGUUUUAGGAUGAGGAUAAAGACCUGGAGGACGCAAUGCUGAGCAUCUCACCUGUAAAAACAUGACUGCUGUCUUUUAUCUGUGUGACUGUACAGCCUGUUUCAGACAUGACAACCAGACAGUGUCUGAAGUCAUCUUUAAUACAUGCAGCACACAGCUGGAGCUGCAGACAGUUUCUCACUUCUGGUGAUAAUAUUUUUGAUUUAGGUAUUGCUUGCUAGCUUGAAGCUUAUCUACAAAAACAAUUCAAUAAGGAGAGAUCAUGUGGAAAAACUGAACAUGAUUUAUUGAAACACAGAAAUAAAUCUAACUGUUUGGCAGUUAAGACUCCA